CCGCCCCCCCCCCCCCCAGCCACUUUAGAGUGUAUUUAAAGCAGAUGGUAAUUUCUGGCUUUUAGACUUUCGAGUGUCAGCGACUGAACUUGGUCGUGAUGAGGACGCUGGUGUUGUGUUUCGCUGGCCUCUUAGGCCUAGGGACGACUCGGGCGUACUACGUGAUCCAGGCGGACAACGGCCUGUAUCGCGGCGACUGGGGCUUCGAGGAACACUGCUCCUACGGCGGCGGCAAUUUCACCGCGGGCGAGGAGCGCGGGGCGACCUUCGUCAGCUCGUUUGACUUCAAGUUCGAAACGACAAACCACAUCGACAACACGGCGGGCAACGCAGUCAAGCUCUACUGCAGCGACACCAGCGGCCACAUCGUGGACUACAUCUCGAGUACCGAGGGCAACUACGGGACGUGGCAGGGCCUCCGGUCCUGCGCCCGAGGACACUACAUAACGGGGUUCCGACAGCGCGUGCUGGAGUCGCAGGGCACCUUCGGCGACGACUGGGCGUGGACAACGUGCAGGUGCAGUGCGACGACGGCACGGUGCUGGACGGCUUGGACGGAGUGCCGCCGGCGCAGCAGGACGCUCCGCUGAGGAGUGAGUUUCGAGGGGACGCGAGGAUGCACGGCGAGUGGGGCUCGUGGGCGCUGUGUCCCGCGGGCGCCGUCGUCUCGGGCGUCUCGACGCGGGUGGAGCAAGGCCACCCCUUCGACGACGACGCCGGCCUCUGCGACAUCAUCAUGUUCUGCUCGGAAGUGUGAGCGGCGCCGCAGCUGGAGCCGCUGGGGCGAGGCGACGGAAGGCGGCUUUCCCUUGAGCGGUUUCUCUUGCGUUUCGAAAUAGUUGACCAUUUAAUGAUAAGAGGAAUAAAAAAUAAAGUGAACCAAAUACAA